AUGCCCGCGAUGGGAGCGGCGCGGCGCGCGCUGGCCGGAGCCGUUCUCCCGGUCCUCGUCCUCUUGGGAAGUUGGGUUUCGGCUGAGAACAUCAACUUCUACAACAUCAGGCCUCCACCAGACCCCACGCCAUUCCCAAACAGUUUCAAGUGCUUUACCUGCGACAACGCGGUGGACAACUACGACUGCAACCGCUGGGCUGAGGACAGGUGGUGUCCUGAGAGUGCUCGCUACUGCCUGGCCGCUCACCUGUUCACGGCACGCGGGGAGAGCACCUCGGUCACCAAGAGAUGCGCCACGGGCGAGGAGUGUCACCGCGUGGGCUGCCACCGCCGCGGGGACAGCGGCCACACGGGAGGGAGGGGGCAUCGCCUGUUAUCUCGAAGCCACUUAGCCGAGCUGCGAUGUGAUGUCACGGUCUGGAAACACGAGGGGGAUUUUCUGAGCUCAGCCUGCCGGGACACAGACGUGAUAAACCUCAUGAAGGUCCUGAAAACCUGCGAGCAGCAGAGAUAA